CUAUCCAAUUAUCUAUUGAUGAACUAAUAAAUUUUCCUAAUCCCCAUUUAACCGGUAUUUGUGUUCCUCAAAUUGUAUGCCCCCACCUUUUCCUUAUUUUUCUGCAGAAUCAAACAACACUGCAUCAGCUAUUUAAGAUUUACGCUCUUCUCAAUUUUCUCUCUCCAAUCUCAAAUUGCCAGCUUAUCUCUCAGUCCAUAAUUGAUCUCAAUCACUACAUCAUCUCAAUUUUUUAUGAUUUUUCUGCUACUACUUUGUUAAAUCAUCCCCGCCUGUAAAUAAUCCAAUUAAAUUUCCGAAUUUUUCUCUCUUAAAUUGUUUUGAUUUGCGAAUUUCUCACUUGGGUUUCAUAUAAAAUCACUGAAAAUUUCUUUGUGAUCAAAGGGGGACUCUUAUUUAUAGGAGCCAAGUUGUGGUCAGAGGGUGAUCCUAUACAUCCAUAGUAACAAGAGUAUGGAUCCACAUAAUGAUGUGGACCACAAGGAUAAUGAAGAGAAUGAUGUGGAAUUUCUUGGAGAAUUGGAUGGUAAGGAGGAAGAGAGACUAUGGUCUUCCAUGUCAGAGAGAAACAUGUCAUCGAUGAGGAUGCCGCUUUUGAGGAAAAGAACAAAUACUACCUCGCAGAUUGCUGUUAUUGGUGCCAAUUCCUGCCCCAUUGAGAGCCUUGACUAUGAGAUAAAUGAAAAUGAAUUGUUUAAGCAAGAUUGGAGGUCAAGGAAAAAGGUUCAAAUAUUUCAGUAUGUGUUCCUGAAGUGGGCAUUAGCACUCCUGAUCGGACUAAGUACUGGACUCGUUGGAUUCUUUAGUAAUAUUGCAGUUGAAAAUAUAGCUGGUUUCAAAUUGUUGCUCACUAACAAACUGAUGCUACAGGGAAGUUACUUCAAGGCUUUCCUUGCAUUUGCUGGUUGCAACAUCGCGUUCGCCACUCUUGCUGGAACACUUUGUGCCUUUGUGGCUCCUGCUGCUGCGGGAUCUGGCAUCCCCGAGGUCAAAUCUUAUCUUAACGGUGUUGAUGCUCCCUCAAUCUUGGCUCCAAGCACACUCUUUGUAAAGAUAUUUGGUUCUAUUUUCGGUGUGUCCGCUGGGUUUGUGGUUGGUAAGGAGGGACCUAUGGUGCAUACUGGUGCUUGCAUCGCCAAUUUACUUGGUCAGGGGGGCUCUCGCAAGUACAGAUUGACCUGGCCUUGGCUCAGAUACUUCAAGAAUGAUAGAGAUCGGAGAGAUUUGAUCACCUGUGGUGCUGCAGCUGGUGUGGCUGCUGCAUUUCGUGCUCCAGUUGGUGGUGUCCUCUUUGCCCUUGAAGAAGCAGCUUCCUGGUGGAGGAGCGCUCUUCUUUGGAGGACAUUUUUCACCACAGCUAUGGUUGCUAUGGUUUUGAGAAGCUUCAUUCAAUAUUGCUGGUCUGGGAAAUGUGGAUUGUUUGGUAAGGGUGGGUUGAUAAUGUAUGAUGUUAGUGAAGAGGUAGCAAGUUAUGGCGGUUAUGAUAUUCUGGCGGUCAUGUUUCUUGGAAUUGUCGGAGGUGUUCUGGGAAGCUUUUAUAACUAUCUUGUCGACAAGGUCCUCCGUACUUACAGCAUCAUUAAUGAAAAAGGUCCAUCCUUCAGAGUUGUACUUGUUAUCGUUAUAUCUUUCCUGACAACAUGCUGUGCUUUUGGCCUUCCAUGGUUUGCGAAGUGCACUCCCUGUCCUACAGAUUCAAUAGCCAAGUGCCCAACUGUUGGUGAAAUCGGACACUACAAGAACUUUCAAUGUCCACCUGGCCAUUACAAUGAUCUUGCUUCCCUCUUCCUCACCACAAAUGAUGAUGCUAUUCGUAAUUUGUUCAGCACGACCAUCAUUAGAGAAUUUCAGAUCCCUUCUCUCUUCAUUUUCUUCUUCACAAUCUAUUUCCUUGGGAUCAUCACUUAUGGAAUUGCAGUACCUGCAGGACUAUUCAUUCCUGUAAUUUUAGCUGGGGGUGUUUAUGGUCGUCUAGUGGGUAGACUCUUUCACUCUGUGUCAGUGCUUGACACGGGUCUUUUCUCUCUUCUCGGAGCUGCCUCAUUCCUUGGGGGAACAAUGAGAAUGACAGUUUCUCUGUGUGUGAUCCUGCUUGAGCUUACCAAUAAUUUAUUAUUGCUCCCUCUUGUGAUGAUAGUUCUCCUCAUAUCGAAAACCGUGGCAGAUUGCUUUAACCAUGGUGUAUAUGAGCAAAUAGUAAAACUAAAAGGGUUACCGUAUUUGGAAGCUCAUGCAGAGCCUUACAUGAAGCACUUGGUGGCUGGGGAUGCUGUUUCUGGUCCAUUGGUCACGUUUUCAGGUGUGGAGAAGGUGGAGUCUAUUGUACAUGCUUUGCAAAGUACCGGACAUAACGGAUUUCCUGUAAUUGAUGAACCACCUUUCUCAGAUACACCUGAGCUAUGUGGGUUGGUUCUAAGGUCACAUCUGCUUGUUCUACUCAAGGCAAAGUAUUUCACCCGGGAGAGGAGGCUGUCCGGUAGAGAUAUACUUAAGAAGUUCUCUCCAUUUGACUUUGCUAAGCCUGGGACAGGGAAAGGGCUCAAAUUGGAGGACGUAACUAUUACAGAGGAAGAGAUGGAAAUGUAUAUUGAUCUCCAUCCAAUAACUAAUGCGUCCCCAUAUACCGUGCUUGAGACCAUGUCAUUAGCCAAAGCAAAAGUUCUUUUCAGGCAAAUCGGACUGAGACACAUGUGCGUGGUACCAAAGAGUCAAGGGAGAUCUCCAAUCGUUGGACUCUUAACACGACAUGACUUCAUGCCGGAGCACAUACUCGGACUCUACCCUCAUAUGAAGCAGCAUAAGUAGAUUAAGCUAUGAAGAGCUCCAUGUUCGGUGAAUAUUUUCAUUCUCAUUUAUACAACUAUUCUUUUUCCCCUUCUUUUCUAUUUGCUGAAGCAAGUUACCAGUUUUGGAGUUGGUAUGAAGGCAGAGAAAUUCCUUGUUCAUAACAUUCUUUCUUUUAUUGUAUAUUCAACAAUUAAUGUUGCAUAUUGAAUCAGAAAUGUUGUAUAUGAAAACCAAAGUAUUGCCAUCAUUUGUUAGCUACAUUGUGAUGGUGAUUUUUUGGUUUCAAUAUAGAACAUUUGUGAUUCAAUAUAUAAUAUUUGCUAUUGAAUAUACAUUUAGAAAAUCAAUGUCCAUAUCAGUUAUGAGAACCUGGCAACCGUCCAGCAGGAAAUCGAAUUUGGAAGAAGGAUUACAUAUAUUCAUGCAAGGAUUGUGGUAUUGGCGCUCAUAUUCCUCCAUAUCAUGUGAUUAUGUGAAUAUUUAUUCAUAAGUUUCUAUUAUUACAAGUUAGAGUUAUGGCUUUGUUAUCAGACGGAUAUAUUCUCUAUAUCGAUCUUUUUACAUCAUUUUUGUAUUAAAAGUUGCUGGGUUAGGGAUGACAAGAGUUUCGUUCGACUAUUCAUAGAAUUUGGACAUGAGAUAUCCCCUGCUAGACAUAUAUCUGUAUUUAUAAAUGUAAAUUUCCAGACAGGCAAUAUUGUUGAAUAAUUUCUGGUAUAUUAAUGUAUCAGUUUCCUGUGAAAUAGUUUGUAAUCAUGUUGAGUUAAAAUGCCUGGGUAUGUAUGUGUUCCAGAAUUUGAUCUUGACUAUUAAUCUUAAUGUUUGUCAUCUAUUA